GUUGAAAUGAAGCUAGGUGAGAAACUCAAGACCACUGUGAUCAUAGUCUUGUUCUUGCCUGCAUCUCUGUAGUAAUUGAGAGUGUCUAAUUGGUAGGAUUAAAAAGUGAAUGCCCUGGGAAGGUAAUAACUUCUAUGAUGCCAAAUGUGGAAGUGGAAACUUUUGGAUAGGAGGUUAGUAGUCAUUGCAGUGAUGGUAUUGUAUAGUAGAAGUCAAUGAGCUAUUCGAAAUUUUCGUGAGCAUUUGAACAAAUCAAAAGUUUCAUAAAACCGCUCCAAUAUGUUGAGUUUGAACUCUGAAGGUGAAAACAAAAAAGCAGAGCGACCAUGUUUUGUAACAGAAGGAACAUCAAUGUGUAAUCUGUUGUUGUAUGGUGUCGACACUCAUGUUGUGGUAGGUCAUCCUUGUUUCCCACUCGUUACCCGUUUAGGUUUUUAUAUUCCACUCUGUAUUAUCCCCUAACUUUUAUAUUCUCUAUUUGGGUUUUCAUAUUACAGCACAGCAACGGUCAUAUCCUGCUCAAUUGAGUCAUGGCAAUUUGCGUACAGUUGGAUGACAGAAGCGUAGCUAAGCCAUGUGAGAGCCCUUCAUAAGGCUGGACCAUUUCUCUUCGAUUUUCUUGAUUAUUCUGUUUUUCUUUCAAGCUUAAGAAAUUUCUUGAACCCUCUUGAAAACUGGAAAAGAACCCAUUAUCAAUUUAUCAUCCUUUCCUAGUUUCCUUCACUAGUCAAGUGGUAGUCGAAAAAGCAUUGUACUUUCUCAGUUUUCCUCGUGCUUUUACCCAUAAAGCAACCAGGUCCAAAAUAGACAAACAUCCCUCUCUCAGAAAGCCCCCAACCCUCAGCUACCAAGCGACAGCCAGCCAUGUCCUGCUCAACUUCAGCUCUUCCAACCUUGUUGUCCUUUUUCAUCCUCGUCUCCGCCAUCGCCGUCGUCACCGCCACCGACCACAUCGUCGGCGCCAACAAAGGAUGGAACCCAGGCGUCAACUACACUGUCUGGGCUAACAACCAUACCUUCUAUGUUGGAGAUCUCAUAUCGUUUAGGUACCAGAAGAACCAGUACAAUGUGUUCGAAGUGAACCAGACGGGUUACGACAACUGCACUACGGAAGGCGCUGUGGGGAAUUGGAGCAGUGGGAAGGAUUUCAUUCCUCUGGAUAAGGCCAAGAGGUUUUACUUCAUCUGCGGCAACGGCCAGUGCUUCAAUGGGAUGAAAGUCUCUGUGGUUGUUCACCCUCUGCCGCCUCCACCCUCCGGCAGCCUUGGCCUGAACCAGACGCAUUCUGCUGCUGCUCCUCCUCCCGCGGCUCUGGGUUUUGUGGGUUUGACUCUCAGACAGGCCUUGGUUAUGGGAUUUGCUUCCCUCUGGUUUGGAUCUGGUUGGAUCUAGCUGUUGAGCCUGAGUCGGACACUCUGUAGUUCCUUCCAAAGUGGCAUGGACUAUUUUUAUUAUAUUGUUAUCUCUUCCAGUUACCUCUUCGGUUUGGGUACCUUGCGAUUCAAUCCAAGCGAAAGAGCAAAAUGUAGGAUUGAAUUGAUUGGUAUUUGUGUUCUCUGUGAGACCUCGACUCGCAAUUAAACAAAGAACUUGAGAUUGAUUUGCCAUAUCUUCCUUUACGAGCUUUACUAGUGCAUUUAUAUAUAUAAGACAUCAUUCAACCCCAAUUCAUUCUUGUCUUUUUCAGUUUCACUGAUUCCUCGCGCACAUCAUAUAUCAGAGUGAUUUGGAAGAAGGAUUCUCAAAAUAGAUAAACCGGUCGGCUGCCAAGCACUUAUAGUAGACUAUAAGGAUUUCAAGAACUCAUUUUUGUAGACAUGUGAAUUGUAAAAUUUAUAUAAUGUAUGAGUACCAUGUUUGGUUUGCAACAAUUGUGAAAUCGAGCCCAUAAUUAAAUGAGUUGUUGAAUUCUUUGAACAAACUUAUAACAUUCAA